GUAAUUUUGAGGCCUUAUUCGUUUUGAGACUUCCAAAGAAAUCUCUUUGGUCUCAAGCUGCCGCCUCCUCCAUCUUCUGAACCCAAGCUAAACCUUAGUCUUCCGACGACGACGACAACGACAACGACAGCGGUGGUCUAUCUUAAAGUGGAGCAUUUACUUAAAUGGAAGCCAAAUUUUUUCGCUUUCUUAAGAUUGUGGGUGUGGGCUACAAAGCCAGGGCCGAAGCUGAAGGACGCCUGUUGCUUCUGAAAUUGGGUUACAGUCAUGAGGUUGAGUUGACCGUUCCCCCUGCUGUUCGUGUUUUCUGCUUCAAGAACAAUGUCGUUUGCUGCACUGGAAUUGAUAAAGAUAGGGUGCACCAGUUUGCUGCUUCCGUGCGUAGUUGUAAGCCACCUGAAGUUUACAAAGGCAAGGGUAUAAUGUACGUUGAUGAAGUUAUUAAGAAGAAGCAAGGAAAGAAGUCUAAGUGAUUGGAUGUCUCAAAGCUUAUCUAUGGCUGGAAGUUGGUAAUCUUUCUUUUUGCGUUCUGGUUGUAAUCAGAAAAUAACAGUAGUCUGGGGUUUUCUUUCAAACUAUUGUCUUUUUAAUAUAGGUUUCUUAGUUGAUCCCUUAUCCUCAUUUAGGUUUCAUAGUCUGUACUUUUGGGGCUUUCCUGAAUGGAGUUCAGGUUUCUCCUACUUCGGAACCAUAGUGGAGAUAAAGUUAACCUCAGAACACAUUAAAUUUUAGAUGUUAAACUGAAGGAUUCACUGUUGAUUAUUCUUGGACAGGACUAGCCUAUGAUCUAAGAAUCAUGGCUUUAAAAUUGCAUGUCUGCUGUAAUUGUUGUCAACUGGUAAGGAAUGAGGUGGAUGAAGGUCUAAAAUUCUUAUUUCUAUUGAGGGACAAUAAUAAUUGUUGUAAUGUGUACAUGUAUACGUUCUGAAAAUAUUGAAGUUACAAUUUCUGUUAUAAAUUUGCAUCACAACUCUGAUCAUUUGUC